AGAACCCUAAUUGCCAAAGCCAUUAAAACUCAGGAAUCGUGCAUCCUUCUACGCCUUUCCAAUUACUCAAGCGAUCUCAACCAUCAACGCCGCAAUGGUGAACGUUCCCAAGACAAAGAAGACUUACUGCAAGAGCAAGGAGUGCAAAAAACACACCCUUCACAAGGUCACCCAAUACAAGAAGGGUAAGGAUAGCAUUGCCGCUCAGGGUAAACGCCGUUAUGACAGGAAACAAUCUGGUUAUGGUGGACAAACUAAACCUGUCUUCCACAAGAAGGCAAAAACCACCAAGAAAAUUGUCCUGAGGCUGCAGUGCCAGGGUUGCAAACAUGUCUCCCAACAUGCUAUCAAGAGGUGCAAGCACUUUGAGAUUGGCGGUGACAAGAAGGGAAAAGGAACCUCUCUGUUCUAGGUGUAGAAUUAGAAUUUGAAGUUUCACUGUUUUUCCUUUUUUUUUUUUUAUCCAUUUUGCUUGGUUUUUUAAAAUUUUCUGAAAUACUUUAUGUUCGGUACUGUUCUAAUAUCAAUGGAGUUUCUUCCUUUCCUUGAA